AUGAAGGACCCGCCGGGGCCCGUUCUAACUGUGCGGCCCCAGGAAGGCGAAAGUCCUCGACUCCAUUUAAGCAAGGUGGACGAGGGACGCCCGGCCAUUUCACGCAGCUGUACCGAAUGCAGGAGCGUGAAGGCGCAGACCCUGGCCCACGGCCCCGCCCCCCCGGGACCAAGCCCGAGACCGCGCCCCCCGCCACGCCGCGCCACGCCUCCGGCUCCCGACGUGCGCGGCCCGCGUGUGGAGGCCCCGCGGUUCCGAGCGGCGCCGUGA